UGUGUGCGCGCUGCUGCCUCUCACACAGUUUGGCUGUGGUCGGCCCGAGCAGACAGCAGUGCUUGACGUCUGGAGAGAGAGGAAAACAGAGACAGGUAGCGUUGCUCGGGCAUGAAAGAUGGAGCAGUCGGCGGCGGGAGAUCGCAUUUUCGCCGCGGAAGCCAUACUGAAACGCCGCGUUCGUAAGGGACAACUUGAAUACCUGGUAAAAUGGAAAGGAUGGGCAAUGAAGCACAGCACUUGGGAGCCAGAGGAGAAUAUUCUGGAUGAUAGGCUGAUACUGGGCUUUGAGCGAAAGGAACGGGAAAGGGAGUUGCACGGGCCAAAGAAACGGGGGCCAAAACCCAAAAACUUCGUCAUGAAGGCUCGUGCUCAGAAAAGAGAGACCAGCAGCCGAGCCUCAAAUGCCCGGCAGACUGCAUCGCGCUCCUCGUCGUCCACUUCCAGCCGAGCGACUCCUUCCUCCUCCGCCUCACCUCAUCAUUCAGCAUCUUCGUCCUCUUCUUCCUCGAGCGUGGCACCCUCUCCUAAACUCAGUUCCCUUGCAGCCACACACAAGCUGAAGAAAGACAUUCACCGUUGCCACCGCAUGUCCAGGCGCCCUUUGCCCCGCUCUGACCCCCUCGCAGCCACAUACUCCAACCCCAGUGGCUUCCCCUCCCGCCUGCAUGUGUCCCCCUUCUCCGAGACCGUCCGCAUCCUCAACCGUAGAGUCAAGCCUCGGGAGGUCAAGAGAGGUCGGAUCAUCCUCAACCUGAAGGUCAUUGAUAAACCAGGCCGGGGUGGCACGGCUGCAGGCAGCAGGAAUGUUACAGCAGGACGGCAAAACAUCCCUUCCCGCAAUCGCAUCAUUGGGAAGAAGGGAGAGGCACCUUAUAGACCUUUCCAGCCCCCUCUGAAGAUGCUGGGUUUCCCGAUGUAUGGGACGCCAUUUGGGCUGCAAUGUGGAGGCCCUCUGCCCUUUCACUCCCACCCAGGGUCAUGCUCCAGCACAGGGGCCAGGAGCACCCAUUCUGCUUCCUCCCCGUACCAGUCACCUCCUUCUCCUUCAAGCUCCAGUGGCUCUGAAGGUAAAUCUCCCACCAACACCUCAGCUGCUCAGUCCCAGCCCUCUAUGGGAGCCUCACCUUCCAGCGAGGGUCCCAAGUCCAGUAAACCUCACACAGAGACCCAGAAGGGCCAGAGCGCCAAGCCAGCUGCUCCUGCCCUGUCCUCAGACCCUGUGGCAUCAGCUUCUCCCUUCCUCCCCUCCUCACCCUCUUCUUCCUUGGAAGAUGAAGGGGAGGAUGGUGCCCUGGACCGUUCUGCGCCCCCCGACGGAGGCAGAAAAAAUCCUCGCCAACGCAGGGCUAAACGCCAGCCGCCUGCCGCCCCUUCUUCUGUCACCCCUGGGGACCAGAGUUCUGCCCCCGCCGAACCCAAAAGGGUGCCUGCCGAGGGAGACCCCGACUGGCACCCUGAAAUGGCGCCGAGUUGCAAGGAUGUGGUGGUCACCGAUGUCACCACCAACCUCGUCACCGUCACCAUAAAAGAGUUCCCCUCACCUGCCUCCUGCCCCGCCUCGCCCUCUGCUAGCCCAGAGGACGCUUCCUCCCCUGCCCCCAGCUCACCCUCCGACGACCCCUCUCCACCCAAGCCAUAGGAGAUCAUGAAGUCAGUUGCCAUUGAUGAUAGAAAAAAAUAUCAUGCCAGUGUUGCCACGUCAGCCCCCUCCUACCUUUUCCUGAAAGGUGUGUCCAUAUUUGUGUAACAAUUAAUGAAAUGUAAUGUAACUUAACACCGCCCAGCCAUUGAAUAGUAAAAAAAAAGAGCCUAUUUUUUUUAAAAAGAAGUGUAUAAAUUUGAAAAGGGGCAGCUAAUACGCCCUUCCUUUCACUUAAAUUGCCAUAUUUUGUCCACUUGCACAGCACUGACUCUUUGAAGCAAGCUUGGAUGGAAAUGGUAUUUGUUUUCUUUGACUUGCAUGCAGACAUGCUGAGUUUAGCUUGUUUGGUGUGAGAAAAAAAAAAAUUGUCCAAAAAGUGAUUUAUGAUGAACACUCACCCCACACACACAGUGAGUGGAGUGAGUGUUCAACACAGAAACAAAUACUAUUUCGAUUCAGGCCUUGCUGCGAAGGCUGUUGUUGACAGUCUUCAGGUGUUACGCCAAUUUCCUGCCCCCUUGUCUCAUUGGAGGUCCAGCUUGUUAACGAUAAAUGAGUGAUGUGUUUUUGCACUUAACACAGUUGGACUCUCAUAUAUUGCAUCAAUACAGCGAGGUAAAUGCAAUGCACUUGACUGCAUCGAAAAUGACCUAUUUUAUGUAGUUCAUCAAUUUUUCAAGGCCUUUUCCUCUUGCUCUCUUGAACGCACAUGCAUAUACAUACAGUAUGAGUAAGUAUUUAUAUGCACGCACAACCUUAAAAGCUGCAAAAGAAUAUACAAAAACAAUAGUUUUUAAGUUAUUGCUGUCCUUGCCGUCUUUCCCUGCUUGCCUUGUUUUCUCACGAACCCACCACCUUCUUCAGCUCUGCGAUGUCCACCAAGACUCUAAACUGGCCUGAAGUUAGUUGUGAAUUUUUUUCUUUAUGCCAGAUAUGCGCUAAUAACUUCUCAACUUGUCAAGGUCUAGAAGGUCCAUGAGCAGAACAGAGUUCAGGCAGAAGCCACCUACCAAAUGCAGCUAAAAAUAGCAGUUUGCUGAACCUUUGAGCUACUUGGCAGUUGUUUGAAGUCCGCGGUACAUGUAUCCAGGCGGCUUUGGCUUGUAAAAAUCAAUAGCGACUGGUAAGUUUGCCUGUUUUACUUCCACUUUGGCAGUUAGAGCAAGCAGCUUUGUUCCUUUGGAUGUUGCUGGUCAGACUUUUCGCUAACAGUGCUUCAUUAUUACAGUCUCAAGUUGGAAUAGUAGUGGGUCAUGUGGCAUGGUUCAGUCUCCUGCUGCUUCUCACAGGGCUAAAGAAACUGGGUUGUCUUUUUCUGUCAGUUUACUCACUACGUGUCUGUUAAGCAUGCUAAUAAGUUACUGUGGCUGAUGUUUUUAGAUACAGAAUAUCCUAAUAGAAACAGAAAUGCGUUAGAGAUUUGGUAUCUGUAUCUAUUUUGUAGAACUUUCCAUUAGUAUAAGUAAGGUGAUGUUGUCCCAACUGUGUGGACAGAAGCAACAGUAUGACAGAUCUCAGUAUCUCCGCUGGACGACAGCAGUUAACGGGAAGUUAACGUGGUUAAACUGGUUAAAAUACAUUGCAGACCACAGGUCAGACUGCUGUCAGUCGUCAUUGCCUCCCAUUAGAAAUAACAUGCAGGUUUGCUUUUCAAAGCUCAGCUACUGUCUCUAGCCAUGCCGCUUGCAGCGAGAACACUGUCCUAUUUCUUUGGUUUGUGUGGCCACCAUUAAACAAAGUGGGGUGUUUUUGGAUGAAGGGUUAAGUGUAGCAGCAACGUCUCCGAACAACUCUGUGUUGCAGUCCUGUUUUGGCUGCAAGUCUCUCUGAGCAAAGCACUGUGUCCUGGUUUUAUACCCUGACCUUUGACCUGAAUUCCCUUACUUGUGGUUACGCAGUGCUCUUGAGCACAUACAGAGAGGAGCCAUGAGGAAUUAGACCCAAGGGCGCAUUGACAUACCAGGCUCAAACAUGAAAAUCAUCCUCUGUUGCUGCUGUUGUCUCGAGUGGGAAGUCGCCUCAUGACAAAUAAUGGUUUGUCUGUGGCUGAUAAAUCUGCUCUGUAUUUCUCCAGCCACUUUACCAGGUUACAAUUGAUCUGUUGCUUCAUUUCUGCCAUCCCAGUUGUCAGUGUUACGUUCGAUGUCAUGCUGCUUUUACCUUUUUACCAAGAUAAAAUUCUACGACUUGGCACCUGUUGUUUUCUGACCGGAAAGUAAAGGAUGUUCGCACGGUUGCUAUCGCCAAAUACAUCGGGUGUGCUUUCUUUAGUGGUAUCAUGUUACAGUCAGAAAACGUGUCCAGUGGUUGCUUGGAAAAAAAAAACCUUGAUCUUAGAAGGUGUGAUCUGUAGCCCACGACCGUCGACUGCGAAACUCUGCUGAGCUCAUUCGCUGCAGGUUGUUUCCAGCGAAACACCUGAAAGCUUGAGAAGUGUUCAGUGGUUUUGACCUUCAACUGCACCCGAAGUACUUCAGAAAAAAACCUCUCAUACACAAUCUCUAAACUCUUUUUCUGGUGCUGCCUGCUCUUUCUAGACUUUUCCGGACCUUGGCUCUUACUCUGGUGUAUCUGUAUGUUACAGUAUUUAAAAAUCUUCCGCAUGUGUUGCCUUAUAGCUGCUCCGUUCAACCCCAGCUGCACUCCAGGCGACCUUUACCUCGUCUAACUCAGCCUCUUACAUGCUUAAAAAAAAAAGAUGAAGAAGAAUACUUCCUUUCCUGCCAUGACUUCGGUGGUACAGAUAAAGAUUACAGUAUCACAAAUGGUAAUAACUUUGAUAGGCGUCUGAUGUCUCAUUUUCCGAAGGUGCAAACACAGUGUUCUCUAUGUCUUCAUUAACAGACGAGGAAGAUGUCGCCUCCUCUCCUGUCAUGUACUGGAUGGUUCUCGUUGUCGUCAAUACUGUUUCAAUACUCUCAUAGGUUACAUGUGGAAGGAUUUAUUCCAAAAUGACACAUCCAUUAUAUGAAGAAAUGAAAUGGUCUCUAGCUUAAAUUCAAAUUGAGGUACUUUUAAAAAGGACAGUACUUAACUUAAAUCCCUAUUUGACCAAGUGAAAACACAGACUGAGUCCUCUAUAUUUUCCAGGCACAGAUGAAGGAUUAUUUUCUUCUCCAGAUGGAUAUAUCGUGAUUUGGAAUAGAUUUUUUCAUCUAAUAUAUCUUUAAUAUCUGUAAGUGGUGGAUAGAAGUGACUUGCAGUUGGUAGAUGUGUAAGGUAUUAGGCUGCUAGGCGAUGUUUCCAACAGGUGAUAGCAAUGUUUUUCUUCUUUUUUUUCUUUCUCAUAUGGGGUAGCACAACUCAACUUAGUGGCCUAUCUUUCAACCAAAUAGGGCUCUUGAUUUUAUUAUUUGACUUUUUUAAGCUUUUUUUUCCCUUUUUGAAUUGUUUUACAUUUAUAUGUGGUGUAAUUUUAAGUGCUAGAUUUAUGUGGCACUAAUUGGAAAAAAGGAAGGAUCCUUGUUUAAAUGUACGGAUAAAGAUGCUCAAUGAAUUUGUGCUUUUUAAGCUUUUUUUUCCUUUGUACUGUACUUUAAUACUUUUUUUAAAAUAUGCAUAAUGUUAAUGUGAUACCGUUUAUUUGAAUGCCAUUUUUUGAUAGUUCAAUAUGGGUUUGAUCAGAAGGCAAACUCUGACUGAUUUUAAUGUGUCAAGACUGCAGUUUUGUCUGGUUUAAUGCUAAUAUGAAUAAUGUACAUUGUAUUGAUGGUAAUGAUGAGGAGGUGGAGGAUAAUGAUGACAUUGUAAUGUAUCUGAACUUUUGAAGCAUGUUUUGCAAACCCUUAUUGUACAGAUUAUGUAUUCAGUGUCAUGUUACCUGUUACUGGUGUUGCUUUCAGUGUGUUUCUUGUACAAGGCUUUUAAUUAAAAGCUCU